AUGGACACAUUAAACAAACUGAAGCAGUUUGACGCUUAUCCUAAAACUCUGGAGGAUUUCCGGGUGAAGACGUGGGGAGGAGCGACCGUGACCAUCAUCAGCGGCGUCAUCAUGUUCGUUCUGUUCGUCUCUGAGCUGCAGUACUACCUGACCAAAGAGGUUCACCCGGAGCUCUACGUCGACACGUCGCGAGGAGACAAACUCAAGAUCAACAUCGACAUCAUUUUCCCUCACAUGCCCUGCGCCUAUCUCAGUAUCGACGCCAUGGACGUGGCCGGAGAGCAGCAGCUGGACGUCGAACACAACCUGUUCAAGCAGCGGCUGGAUAAAGAGCUGAAACCCGUCACCACCGAGGCAGAAAAACACGAACUGGGUCAGGCUGAAGACGGGGAGGCGUUCGACCCGAGCACUCUGGACCCGAACCGAUGUGAGAGCUGUUACGGCGCCGAGACCGAAGACCUGAAGUGCUGCAACACCUGUGACGACGUGCGCGAGGCGUACCGGCGCCGCGGCUGGGCCUUUAAGAGCGCCGACACCAUCGAGCAGUGCAAACGCGAAGGCUUCACGCAAAAGAUGAUGGAGCAGAAGAACGAGGGCUGCCAGGUCUACGGCUUCCUGGAGGUCAACAAGGUGGCAGGAAAUUUCCACUUUGCACCAGGAAAGAGUUUCCAGCAGUCGCAUGUUCACGUGCACGCUGUGGAAAUUCAUGACCUGCAGAGUUUUGGUUUAGACAACAUCAACAUGACCCACCUGAUAAAGCACCUGUCGUUUGGUAAAGAUUACCCUGGCAUCGUAAAUCCGCUGGAUGGAACCGACGUCUCGGCGCCACAAGCAUCGAUGAUGUACCAGUAUUUUGUGAAAAUUGUUCCAACCAUCUACGUAAAAACAGACGGAGAGGUGGUCAAAACGAAUCAGUUUUCCGUCACCAGGCAUGAGAAAGUCGCCAACGGUUUAAUAGGAGAUCAGGGUCUGCCGGGCGUCUUUGUUCUCUACGAACUUUCACCCAUGAUGGUCAAAUUCACAGAAAAACACAGGUCGCUGACUCACUUCCUGACGGGCGUGUGCGCCAUCAUCGGCGGCGUGUUCACAGUGGCCGGUCUCAUCGACUCGCUCAUCUACCACUCGGCACGCACCAUCCAGAAGAAGAUAGAGCUGGGCAAGGCGUCCUAACGAUGGCGCCCCCCAGUGGCCGCACAGACCGAGAUGCUGAGCACCCAGAGGACAGAAACGGGCGGCGAGACGGGGGGAGAAACUCACCUCUUCUCCAUGAACUAGACCUGAAACAAACCGAGAGAGAAAUCCAGAGCAGUAGAGCUGUUUGGAUUUUCCUAUCCGCCGUUCGGAGACGGACGUGCCGCGGCGGCGGAGCGAUGGGAGGACACCGCCACCAGGAGCAAGAAGCCGCUCCAUUGCUACGCUCAGCGUUUGGUAGGAGACCGAGGAGCAGCAGAGACCUUAGUUUACCCCGACGGACAUUUUUAAGCUCAGAUAAUUUAUUCCAGCUUCUCUGACUCGCAUCGUUCAGACUGUGGAGCGACUUUUUACUCCAUAUCUGAAAACAAAGUGAAUCCUUCCAACCCACCACAGCCGCUCAGUUUUCAGAGGAAACCCAGGAGAGAUCUUCCUGCAGCACCGCCAGGUAUUAAGAAAGAGAACAAGAAACUGCUCAUUUGCUCAUUAAACUACUAAAACAGCU